UAUCAGAGGACUGAUCAAAUAAAGUAUUAAGGGGUCGGUACACCGAGUUGAAUUUGGACGUUGAUUGAUUUUGUAGGACUUUGCUAGUGAUGGCGACUUGGGCACAAUCCCCAAUUACAUCUGACGGCGGAAAUACAAUCAAAGUACUAGCUCUAGUCUCUGUGCCAGAAAGACUGUUGCCUUCUAGAUCUGCAUUGCAUGAAUUGAGAACCUUGACAGUCUAUAUGUAGAAGGGAGCGCGCAGACUUACCAGCCAGCCAGCCAGGACCCCAAAUCAGUUCCGCAACCAUGAAGUCGACAUACUGGUAUAUGAUGGCUAUGACAGCCCUGAUGAGAUCCGUUCGGAGCAUCAUCACCCAGCAAGACCCUUCUCAAUUGACUCUUGACACCGCCGACCCGCGUAAGUACUACUAUCUGGAGAAAAACAAUGGCAAUCCGCUUGACAACAGCACAAGCUUUCGCGUCAAAGCAGCCCAAGGUACAACACCAACGGGCGCUGUAACAUGCGAUGCAAACACCCUCUGCCCUGAUGCCAGCUGUUGCGGCCUCAAGAAUAUCUGCGGCUUCGGCCCCGACUAUUGUGGACAAGGUUGUCAGCACAACUGUUCUGCAACAGCACCGUGUGGCAGGUAUAGCGAUGACGACGGUAACAUCCCUUGCGGGAUGAACCUCUGCUGCAGCUAUUAUGGCUAUUGCGGCUUCGACAACAGCUUUUGCGCAGCUGGAGCCACUGGAUGCCAGGAAGCUUAUGGUUCAUGCCAGACACAACAGCCUUUUACUUGCGCCAAUGGUGAUGCUACCAAAAGAACCAUUGCCUACUAUCAAGGUGGUAAUGUGUAUUCGGCAGACAGAAAGUGCGGACAAGCGAACCCCUCGGACCUCGACGUCAGCGGCUAUACCCAUCUAUACUGGGCUUUUCCAGAGAUCAGUGCUUCGCACGAAGUGGUCUCCUCGGACGCUCGAGACCAAAACCUCUACAAAGAUUUCACUGCUUUAAAGUCAGACAAGCUCGAGACGUGGAUUAGUAUCGGAGGCUUCGACUACACAACCAAUAACCCGGAUUCGUGGAGCUCGAUGGUGUCAACUGUUGAUACAUGCAAGACAUUCAUCAACAGCAUCGUCGGGUUCAUGAAGAAUUACGGGUUUCAAGGUGUUGAUCUCGAUUGGGAAUAUCCAGUUGAUCCAAUGCGAGGAGGCCAGAAGAACGACAUGCAGAAUUUGGUAGCUUUAGUCCGCGAGAUGCGAGCAAACCCAGACUUUGGCCAAAAUUUUGGUAUCAGUGUCACUUUGGCUCCGGAUAUAAACUAUCUGCAACACUUCGAUGCCAAAGGCUUGAUCAAGUAUGCCAGCUUCCUUGGGUUCAUGUCAUACGAUCUGCAUGGAACUUGGGACGGCGAUCUUCCAAUGUUGGCAAAAAGGUUUAUGGUCAAACAGAUGGCAACGACAUUGAGCAAGAUUUGA